GAGGGACAGAUGUCCGCUGCUAUAUAAAAGUCGCGGACGGACCGUUCGCGGCCUUGUCACCUCGAAAUGUCGCGCACCACCUCGCAUCGGCGGUCCCUUUGGCCGUCCAGCAUCGCAUUUUUAUUAUUUAUAUUUAUUAUGUUAACGUCGACGACGCUGCGACGAGUGGAUGCCAGCCCUAUAUUCAUUCCGGCACCCGACAACAUGACGGACUCGUCGGAGUAUUCGGCGGAAAACCCGAUGAUGACCUCGAUGAACAACUCGGAGAAUUCGACGAACUACCCGCUGGUGAAUUCGGUAAACGGUUCAAAGGUGAAUUCGACGGACAACCCGUUCGUAAAUUUGAUGAACAACCCAGUAAUCUCGACGACCAGCUCGAUGGAAAAUUCGACGGAGAUUUCGUCCAACACCGACGUAUACGUGAUAAAGGCUGUAGUUUACGAGAUUGGGAUUCUCACGGACACGAAUAGCACGACGAUGAGUAGCGAAGAUAGCGAAAAUGCCGAAAGUACCGAAAGACAGGAGAGUAUCGAUAUAUCGUUGUACAGUGUGCCGCAGGAAGACAAGUACUCCUAAUCCCAACGAAUUGAAUUCUAUCUCGGAGCGAGCACGAUGGAAUAUGGGGCCUAUUCGUCUAAACGCGUUUAUAAAUCAAGAGAAGUAAAAUGUGGAACGUAAAGACUGCGCAUAACACGACAAUGAUGUUAUCGGGUGCAUAGUAAAUUAUUAUAUGUCGUAUAAGAUAGAACGUAAAGGCACAACGCAGAGAGUGCGAGAUGUACGCAAUUUAUAAAUUUCGAUAUUAAAUCAGUGACGCUGUGAUA